AUGGCCACAACUAACGGUUCUGGGCAAUGGAGCACUGGCAUCUGUGAUUGCUGCACUGAUAUGAGCUCCUGUUGUUUUGGAUAUUGGUGUUUCCCCUGCAUGCAGUGUCAGACAGCCAGUAAACAUGGAUGGUGCUGUGCCAUGCCACUCCUGGAUUUCUGUGGUGUGGUGUCCUGCUUACUCCGCAAGUCCAUCAGAGAGCGUUACAACAUCCUUGGCUCGUUCUGUGAUGACUGCUGCAAAGUAUGUUGGUGUUACCUGUGUGUUUGGUGCCAGAUGCAUCGUGAGCUGAAGAUCAGGGAAAACCAGCAGCCCGCCACCUUUUCAGUGGUCACCAUGCAGGUCACCCGUGGAUAAGAUACAACCAUUUUUGCUGUGCGUUGAGGGCAUUAUGGCAUGAUUUCUUAAUAAAACUUUGUCAUAAUUGUGAAAAGAUUAGUUCUGUUUCUAUUAUGUUAAAGACAAACAAACAAAGUAGUGUAGCACCCUGUCUGCUUUCUUUUUCACAGCACUGCACAGCUCAGUGCCAGUAUUUAACCGUUAGCUCUGAGCACCGUGCAGUAUGAUGCAGUGCUCUGCAGUAUGUAACACCCAUGUUAGCUGUUUUAUAGACUACAGCUUUAAAGCCAGAUGUUUUAAGUUCCACUGUCAUAUCUGUGUGUUGGAUGUUAUCUCAGGUAAGGGUUUAAACUGACCAAUAAUAUCUUUCUGUUUCAUAGGACAUGACUGCUGUUAUUGUAAUC